GGUCUGGCGGCGCCGGCCGAGGCGGCCACGGCAGCCGACGCGCCGCCACCGCCCGUCCAUGGUGGUCCCGUCACCGACGAGCUGCGAAAGCAGGCCAACAGCCUGUCGGAGCUGAUGCGCACCGGGCUGGAGAGGGCCAUCUCGGAGCUGGCGCAGGCCGGCGGCCCGCAGUCGGCCAUCGCCAACCUGCGCCUGCAGGUGGAGCGGCUGCAGUGGAGACACCAGAUGGAGCUCUCCGAACAGCGGAAGGUCACAGACACGAUGCUGGCCGAGCUGCGCAACAGCAUGGAGAUCGAGCAGAAGAAGGCGCUGAACAAGCUGACGGCGUCGUUCGCGGCCGAGCGCAGCGAGUGGAGCCGCCAGACGGAGCAGAAGGUCGGCGAGACCAAGAAGAAGCAGUGGUGCGCCACCUGCGGACGCGAGGCCAUAUUUUACUGCUGCUGGAAUACCUCCUACUGCGACUUCCCCUGUCAGGAGGCCCAGUGGCCGAAGCACAUGCUGACCUGCGCCAACCAGCAGAGCUCCCAACAGGCGUCUAGCCCGGCAGCCGGCGCCGGCGACGGUGACGGCGGCGGCGACGGCGCCCAGGAAGCCCAGAGCGCGUGAGCCUCCUGCCCUCCCGCGACACAUCGGACCCUCGCAGCGGGCGCCGGUCCUAUCCAUGAGACGGUGGUCCCCCGCUGGCUCGAACCGUCCCGGCGAUCCUCGUCUCUGCAGUGAGCUCCGGCGUGCUGUGGCCUCAAGCCUGUCCCUCAUGUCUCGGUCUGCGCUCUGCUUCAACCGCGCAUCCGUGAUGCCUUGACCAUCAGUGAGCUCCGAUCAGUUCCAUGAGCCCGGCGGGCAUUCCCUGUGGCCCCCAGCCCCUCCGCGUCUCUAGACCCUUCAGGCGCUCCCGUGGAGUCUCUCGAGUCCACAGUCUGAUGUAGGACCGUUCUCAGCUUGGCGCGAAUGAGUUUGGCAGUGUUCUCCGGGACCAGUGCGCGGCGCUCCGUGCGCGGUCUGCCGACACGGUGCGCAGGGCGGCCUGGGUACACAGGUGCCCUGACCUCUGUGUGUGGAGAGGCGCGCCGCUCGUGGGUGCGCGAGUCACGAUCGCCUGGGCCGCCCCAAGACGUCACCGUCACCGUCUUCGACAAUGCGCCGCCUGACGCUCUGUGAAGGACCGGCUCGAGUCUGACUGGUGGACGCGCGCGCCUCUCCCGGGUCCGAUCGCCGGGCAGCGGCUGCUGAGGGGCGCGCCGACCUGCCAGCACCGGGCCCAUCAGCCCGUCACGUGACGCGCUACGACACGCUGCGUGUCGUUCCGGCGCACGUGUGUCGUCCUGGCCGUCAUGUGAUGCCGGGAAUCCCUGGCGGAAGCCGCCGCGCUGCUUCCGCCGGCAAGCGCCCCGGGCCAGGGCUCGGCCUCGGUUUCGUACGCACCCAUUGUGUACUUUCGGUUUUAGCAACGCGUUUGGUCGUUUGUGACCGGGCGGUCUUGUGUUAAGCAUCUGGCUGUCACCGUCUAGCCUGGAAGGACGCUCUGUUCCGAGCAUGGUACAAGUAGAAAAAGCCCGAGCCUUCGGCCUUGUAUAUGGAGAAUCAUGGACAGAAAUACACUGUGUGUUGACCGGGCUACCGGCUCGCAUUUCCAUCCGCGCAAAGAUUAACGCAGCGCGUGGGGCUUCGGUGUG